CAAACAGCAACAUUUAACCCCUGACCUGAAACCCACGUGACAUCACUCAGCCUUUGUUCUGCGUUAGGUCAAGGACGCCAAGGUUGUAUGAAAGUUCACUGAUCACGAGACUGCAACAUAUAGUGACAGGCUCUACGGCAUUUUAUUUCGUCAAAAGGGAGCUGUCCAGAGCUUGUGCCACUCUCCACUGUUAGGGUUUGGACUGAGAGUAGAUCACGUAGAUCAGAGAGUUUUUUAACAGGUUAAUCACCAGCAGGGCAGGGCUGUCUCACCGGGACAAACAAAUUAAAACUACAAGUAGUAGUGCAACCGGUGCGGUAUGCCCCCCUCCCCCUUUUAGAAAAUGGCAAAACAGGAUCAGAAUCUGACCUUUCGUCUAGCUUCGCACGAAGAUUACGACGCUGUAAUACGCAUGUCCUACGACAUCUACGGCGACACAGACUACCUGCCUGCGUUCUUCCACUCCUUCAUUGAUGAUCCCAACACCUGGGUUUUCCUUGCGACGGUGGGGAAACAAGUGAUAGCACUGGUGAUUGCAACAAUCACGGAAGGAGGCCUGGCCUAUUUCAGCACGUCAGGAAGAGUUGCCCCGGCCUGGAGAAGCAGGGACAUCAUCCGGAAGGUAGUCCAGUACCAAGACGAGUGGAUCCGACAGAACCGCCCGACAGCCAGGUAUAAACGGGUCACGACAACCCACCCCAUCGCGUUAAAGCACGCGGCAAAAUACGGCAUGCGGGAGGUUUUCAGCAUGCCGUACGUGGAGUACAAGGGCGGACCGAACCUGUGGUGGCGUCAUGACCCUGCACAGCUGGCUCAACUGGACAUAACCUGCUUACCGGACGUCGUGCCUCUACAGGGCACAGACGACGACUUCUGUGCAGCUGUACAGAAGUGGCUUCCCGCUGAGGCUUGUGGUGGCUACGACGGCAAACCCGUCAUAUUAGUUGACUGGGACCCCUACACCCUAUGUCACGCUAACUUACAUCUUCUCCAGGCAGAAAACAAAAUCUACAUGUUGAAACACAAAGGGGAAGCAAGUUUGAGUUUCUCUAACACUUAUCCCACAGCAGCAGUGAGAAUGAUGUCCAUUCAAAUCUAUGCUAUGAAUUUCUCUACCCUACUCAAGCACCUGCUGAAACACUUACAAGAUGUAAGUCGAAGCUACAAAAACGACGACUUUCAUCUGAGUGCUUUUGUUGGUCUUGCAGAACUUGAGGGUUCAGUCCACGUGUUCUGUAAAGACACGUUGCAGAUGGAAAACCAAUUGGAUACAGAGGGUCGAGUUAUCAUGUGGGAAAGUGACAUGUUAGCUAGCCAUUUGUAAGAUGAGAAGACAUUAGCACCCCCCGUCAAAGUUGAAUGAUAUAAAGACUUGAAUUGACUAAAUGUAUCCUUUCGUUAACACACAGGUCAGCUUCGCAGAUAUUUGUUACCAUUAAUUCAUUUUCAAUCAUUGUAAUUUUUUAGUAGUGAAACCUUGUGUCAGGCAUUUGCUGUUUCCUAUGAUUUCAGAGCUGAGUGGCUGCAGUACAUUUUAUCACCGCAUAAGGCAGUGCCGUUAAAAUUCUUAACGUAUCCAGAACUAUUCUCCAAGCAGAUUCAUUCCGAGGGUUACUAGGGAACGAUUAAAUUGGCCACCCGAGUUACAAUUUGCCCCAUUAGAUGGCGUCUUGGAUACUGCCAGGCCACUUUCAUACUGCGUUGCCAAUUUAACACUCUAAUUUGUAGCCACCAAAAGAUCUGCUGCACAAAGCCUUUUUGUUUGUCAUAACAGGCUGUCCUGAUAACCGUACUUUGUUAGAUUUGCGUCAUAGCUGAAUUUACUCAUAACAACAGGAACAAAGAGAUCUCCUCUGCUAGGAUUUCAUAACGAUUGGAGCUUAGCAGAUAAUUCUCCUUGAUGUUGUUUGAAAUUUGAAAUUGCUUUAGUCACAGUGUGUUUCACAGCAUAAACCUUUUUCAACUCUUAUGUUUUGAACUUUCUCGAUUUGUACGUUCUUUAGUGCAUCUGUUUUUUUUUUCUUUUUUAUGUGUACUUUGUGUACUUUCUAUCCACAUACAAGAAGCCCCGAUCCUUGACUAUCGGGCCAUUAUCAUAUAGCCAGUCGACCAAUCAGAAGUCCUCAUUUCAUAUUGGUUAUGACGUCAUACAUCACGUUUGGUGAAGACUGACCUCACGAGAGCAAGUCGGCAGGACGUACUGUACCUCCACGAAACCCCUAUUUUUCACUUUGUCGCUGGAUUUUUUGUCAAUUUUUCCUGUUGCAGAUGAUACAUUCCUCAAGCUAGCCGACAUGAAUCCCCUCUACUAUAUACUACAGUCGAGAUGUACCUUAUAUACGCGAGUACGACCUUUAUGCGACGUUCUGCCAAAGUGCUGUACACAAUACAUUACCGGUUUCGCGCAAGUGCAGUACGUUCUGCUGACUUAUCGGUAAGGCAUUUUUCAUAGAAAUGCAACUUAACAUUAUGACACACUAUUUCAAGUUGAAUUCGAUACAAAGUACAGUAAUAGCACGUGAUCGAUGUUGGCCGGUAGCGUACUGAACAAUAAACCAGUAAUUGCUGCUUACCCAUGUGGGCCCUGUCAUGUUACAAGGGCACAUUUGUAUGUUGGCAGGACCCCAACAUUCCAAUCAGGGUUGUUCCUUAUUUAUGCCUUACAAAUACAUAGCUUUGUGGACAGACACACUGUCACUCCGACUUACUGCUGCGGGACUGAGUGACUUAGUGAGUGAGUGAGUGAGUGAGUGAGUGAGUGAGUGAGUGAGUGAGUGAGUGAGUGAGUGAGUGAGUGAGUGAGUGAGUGAGAGUGAGUGAGUGAGUGAGUGAGCGAGCGAGUGACUGAGUGACUGACUGACUGACUGACUGACUGGCUGAAUGACUGACUGAAAGUGAAAUACAGAGUUAAUGACCUAUUAGAUUUAUCCUGGAAGUUUCCCUAUAAAGUAAGAGACGCUGCUCUAAAAUGUCAGUCCCAAUAACAGUAGGACAGAACCCCCUCCUACUGACCUUUUGAAACCUGUACUAGUGACCACCACAGAAUAAGGUCCGUCUGGCUAUCGUGGCCACUUUUCGGUGAUCCCUUA